CUGCAUGACACCUUUCUUUUCUAAUCCCUGUAGUUGUUAGGACUGCAACCCCCGUGAGCGCUUCGCCAAAGGGAUGCAAGGAAAGCAAAGAAGCUCAGUCGUCGGAGGACACUUUGCAUGACGGGACGGGGACCUGCAGGUGGAGAACUGCUUUUGGAAACUUUUGUGACUAUACUUUUUUUCUUAUAGUAGGGCCUGGCGAGUGACCCGACGCUCGAAUGCAUUUAUCACUGGAUACCAUGAGCAUGGUGGACGACAGCUGCCUCUCACCCAGCAACUUCCACGAACUGGGGAAAGGUGGGGGCGUCACCAUGGGGGGCCGAGUCCACAGCAUUGAUGUCAUCCUCGGCUUCAGCAAAGACCAGGAUUCCCUGCUCGGCUCCGCCGGGGCACCAGGGCCUCAGAAAGUGGACAUAGAUGCCUUGGCGGAGUCUGGGAAGCAGCAGGAGCAUCCGUCCUACAGUGGGCACCACUCCUCGCUCAGGAACAGCAGCUCAGAGCAGCAGCAGUACCACGACACAGGCUUAUUCACCAACAAGUGCGAGGAGGAGCUGAGCGAGCGCAGGAAGAGCGUGGACAGUGACGAUUGCAAGUCUCCAGACCCAUGCAAGGACAGUCAGCCCAAGAAGAAACACAGACGGAACCGGACCACCUUCACUACCUACCAGCUUCAUGAGCUGGAGCGUGCCUUUGAGAAGUCCCACUACCCAGAUGUAUACAGCCGUGAGGAGCUGGCCAUGAAGGUCAACCUCCCUGAAGUCAGAGUGCAGGUGUGGUUUCAGAACCGAAGAGCCAAAUGGCGUCGUCAGGAAAAGAUGGAUGCCAACACCAUGAAGCUCCAUGACUCACCAAUGCUGUCUUUCAACCGCCCGGCGCCAGUUCACACCAGCAUGGGACCCAUGUCAAACUCGCUCCCCCUGGACCCGUGGCUGACCUCACCCUUGUCCAGCGCCACACCGGUCCACAGCAUACCCGGAUUCAUGGGUCCACCACAAGGCCUCCAGCCCAGCUACUCCAGCCACAGCUUCCUCAACUCGGCUCCGCAUCCUCACCAAGCCAUGGGGCAGGGGAUGCAGAGUAUGGCGCCGCCACCUUACCAGUGUCCCGCACCGUACAAUGACAAAUUUCCCCUUGAGGACAUAGACCAGCGUAGCUCCAGUAUAGCAGCACUGAGAAUGAAGGCCAAGGAACACAUCCAGUCAAUGGACAAGACCUGGCAACCCAUGUGACUCACAAACAUGUGUGAGGAAGAAGAAUACAAACGGCGUUCUUCAUCUCUGGCAGGAUGAAGUAGAAACGCUAUGCAAUGGGAAUGCAUUUUUCAUUUUUUUGAACCAUGUCAUCUCAUGUCUGCUCAUCUCAAGGGUCUGAGGAAGAAACAUCCAUUCUGUUAUCAGAAAAAAAAAAGAUUUAAACUGCAAACAAUUAAAGCACAACUCUAGAAAACACCACAAAUACUGAAUAUUUACUUCAAUAUCUACUGCGCCUCUGUUGAGUUAAUGUCUGAAUGAAUGUAAUGUUUUUUGAAAUAUCAAUUUUAGUUCACUCCCUGCUUUUUUAAAAAAUGUGGCUUCUCAUCUUUCAUUUAACAUACUGUGCUUUUAAAAUUGUAAUUUGUGUGACUCCUAUAACAGUCAGCAUCACUCACAACACUCUGAAGUAAGUUGUGUUACGAGUGCAGCGAACUGUUUGCAUUCUAAUGCUCAAAGACGUUCAAAAACAGGCUUCAUGAAAGUAUAUGUAAAUCAAAAUUGAUGUUUAAAUGACAGAACUGUUUGAAUUUAAGCGACAAUUUGUUUUUGCUCGCGGCAGCACUAGAGUUUGUCGUUCACAGUACUUCUGAAAAGCUACUUUUUUAAGGUUCGCAUCAUACCUGACCAAUGAAAGAGGCACUGAGAGCCAUGUUUUUUUUUUUUGCUUAAAAAUCUUCAUUUCAAAGGACACUUUGGGGGGGGUAUUGUUAUAAUUCUUAUAAGAUUGUACACCUUUCGUUUGGCAAAAGGUACAACUAAGUCAUAGUAUCAAAUCCACGCGUCCAGAGUAAUGUGGAUAAAUUCUUAAAAAUAGUCAAGUGCAGAUGUUUUUUCGCCGUUUCGUCAACAUAUGGAAGAGAGAUGGAGUGACGCCAUGGCAGACGAGUGGACGAAGUAAGCCUGUUUUUGCUUGAGUGGCUGUUGGAGGAGAAACCUUGUUGGCAGCUCAGUGUUGGGAGGCUGCGUGUACGUGCGGAGCAGCAGAAAGAGGCCUGUGUGAUGCAUCACCCCACAUAGUUUAGUCUUUGUUCAGCACAAUUGAUCCAAGUGUAUCCUCUUUGUCUGGAACUGAAGGGGGGAAACGGUCUCAGGCAGCACUAAAUAGGCCCUUGUAACAAUUUUGGUGUUUUUCUUCUCAAUCAAAGCAGGACGAACAUCGAUUGUAGCUGCUUCGAUCAUUAGUGACACAAUGUGAAGUCUUAAACCAUCUGUUGGGCCUGAAAGGUACAAUAGAUCAAACAGUGAGGAUAGAUUUUGUCCUGAAUUUUCAUCCAGCCAAAUGAUUUCUAUUCCUUCGAUAGCAUUCAUCCUCCCAAGAACCUGUUUUAUCGCUGCUCUUUUGAGUGGUGGUAGUGAAUAAAUCAUCAGGUCUGCUGUUUGUUGUUUGGAUAAGCGAUGACAUCGGACCGCAUGUUGUGAACUCUGAGUGUGUCGUGGUGAUGCUGCUUUCCCACCAAGAAUAAGCCAAAGUGAAUGAAUGAAACUGCACUAGACGUCAGACAAUGUUUUUCUCAGUGAAAUGGCGCGGGGUGCUUUUCCUCCACGUCCUAGUUUCGUUCUACGUUCAAGUGAUGUUGUGCUUCUCUUUCUGUCUUGAUGUAUGUGUGAAAGAAAAUGAAGAGUCUGAAUAAAUAUA